AUGGGAAGUUCUUGGAGGACUGUGUUAGACAAAGAAUUCAUGAAGCCGUAUUUCCAGAAGCUCAAAGAAUUUAUUAUUGCGGAGCAUCUUACGCACACCGUAUACCCAAAGCUGAACGAUGUCUACUCUUGGUCACGAUUGACCCCACUUGACUCUGUGAAAGCUGUUAUAUUAGGCCAGGAUCCAUAUCAUAAUGUUGGACAAGCACACGGGCUCUCUUUUUCCGUUCUCCCUCCAACUAAGCUCCCUGGCUCCCUGAGGAAUAUUUAUAAGCAACUUUCGAGCGACAUCCCUACUUUCAAAGUCCCCGUGUCUGGGGAUCUGACGCCUAUGGCAAAGGCUGGAGUUCUCUGGUUGAACACCUGCUUGACUGUACGGGCGCAUAAUGCCAACUCGCAUUCAAAAAAAGGCUGGGAGACCUUCACCGAUGCUGUUAUCCGAGCCGUCCUCGACCGACCGGAUGGAAGAGGGGUUGUCUUCUUUGCCUGGGGUUUGCCUGCCCAAAAACUAUACGACAGACUUGGGAUUGACGAGAAAAAACAUCUGGUGUUAAGAUCUCCACAUCCUUCUCCUCUUUCAGCUCAUCGGGGCUUCCUUGGAAACGCUCACUUCAAGAAAGCCAAUGAAUGGCUACGGAAGACACACGGAGAAGAGAUUGAUUGGGCAGCUCUCAAUUCUGUUCCACCUUCGGAUGCAGUUCGCCACAUCUCAACGACAUGA